UGAACUGAAUUUUUGGCUUCACCAACUCGAGUGUAGUGCCAGUUUCCACUUUCCAUUGAGUAUGUAACUGACACACUUAUGUUUCCUUGCACUCUGCAACAUGUGUACGACGAAAACCAUUUAUGUCUCAUUUAUUGCAAUCACAGUAUUUAAUCGUUCGCAAUAAUCAAAGGAACUGUAGUCCAACCUCUUCGGCUGAUGCAAACACUUUCGUUAUGUUAAUGUAUCCAUCAUACACGUGUGUUACUCCCAUGAGUCUCUAGCACCAUAGGAGUUGAUUCUUCUCGUGGAUGAAUCUUCUACAAACCUUCUUGCUUCCUCACUCGCAUAGUAACAUAACAUCUUUCAAUGUUUUCAUGAGUUUCUUUCUCAUCUGGGUUAUGUUGUUCUGCUGAUUCUGGCGUCUCUGUGCUUUAUACCACAUUGUUUUGGGAUUCAUGCUAAGAAAAAGGUAGUGGGACAAACAAAUAUUAUGUUUGUAUGCUGUAAAACUGUGAGAUUCAAAGGGGACUAGACCACCAUAAUAUCACCGGGACUCAGUCAUGUAUAGAUCAUUUCUGAGAUGUGAUGAUCCAAAAGGAGUAGUAGAAUGUGGGACAAUCAGGAAAUACAGGACUCGUUCUCACAAAGUGAAGGACAAGACAAGAAUCCAGAAGACGGGUGAAAACUUGGAGACAUCCUUGUCCUUGAUGAACAAAAGAUACAAAGAAGAGAAUAAGGUCCCAAAAGGAUGUGAUGGAAAUCUCAUUGAUCCAUCAUCUUAUAGAGAUAUUAUGUGUGAUGAAAAGUCUGAAGAUAUUGCAGAAGGUAUUGCAAAAGGAGCUCUUGGUCUGCAAGAUUCUCUAAUCAUGAUUCGCAAGUUGCAAGAAGAGGCUUCACCACAUUCAGCUUCUUUUAGGAUAAAACAGACUAUGAAACCUGAAAGAGACAGAAUUGAAGCAAAGAUGAUUGGUAGAACGCAGGCUAAUCCAUUUGGGGAACAAAGUAAUCCAAAGGGGUUUCAAAGACCACAGCCUUCAGCUGGUGGUUGUCUAAGUAAUUGCCAAGAGGAACUUAAGAAGGUGAUUAAGGAGAGUUUGGUUAGGCAAAAUAUGUUUCCAAAGACCUCUGAAAGAUUAAACUCUGGUUCAGAAACUUUCUCUACAAGCACAAGCCAAUAUUCUGCUGUCAGGACUAACAGCCUUUUUGAUCCUUCUUUCUCAGCAAUAGCUCCAAAGAUGGAAAGAGCACCUAGCCUAAUUUUCAAGCUGAUGGGUUUAGAAGAAGCCCCCUCAAAAUCAUUUCCAGCUGUUAAGCAGAAACAGUUGGAUAGAGAGCUAGAUAUGUCAAAGGUAAGAAAGAAUGACUCUAUAGCUGAGAAACAAAAGGCCCUGAGGGAAACUCUUGACACCACACAUUUCAAAGGAAUUUUGAAGGAGAGUUUUGUCAAAGAGCCCAAGCUUCAUGUGCAUCAUUUCAAUGAUACCAAUUCCAAGCAGUUUGGUGAUUUAUCUCACAUUGCACUUAUGAAACCUCAAUGUACUCUUUACGAGGAAUCAGUAAAAAGUACCUAUAUGUCAGUUCCUCCAAAAGGUUCCAGUUCCACAAACAUGGGAAAAGAAAUGGAAAAAGGUAUAUGCAAACGGGUGAACAAAGAGGAAGGACCUAAAUUUCUCAAAGAGGUUAUGAAACUUGAUGCAAAAGGAAUUAAUCCUGUUGAAGAAUCAUCAGGUAAGGUAAAGCUGUAUUGUCACAUUGGUCACACAUCACAGACAAAUGAAACAAUUGAUAAAAAAUGGAAGGUGCAGACCAUUAGUAGAAAACUGCUGGAAAAGGAUAUCUCACAACCUAUAAUUGCGGCAACAAGACCUCAAUAUCAACGAGGAAUCCCCUCCACAAAAUUGAGGAAGCUAAAAAGUGGGUCCAGAAUCGACAUGAAUGAGAUUUCUUACCUAAAGAGAACAGGUAGAAAGAAUCAGAUGAAGAACCAAAGCCCAAUUAUUGAGCCUGAACCAGCUAAACUAACUGUUGAACAAAUCAGGAAGGGAGAAAAGAAGAAAAUUUGCACUGAGAUUAGUGCACUAGAAGAUGAACUCCUGAUGGUGUGUGAAGCAGAUGCCCACAUAAAUAAGAUUGGAGAAAAAUACAAGCAGAGGAAGAGUUUUUCAGGCGAUGACAUUAUUAUGCUGCUCAAGUCUGAACAUGAAAAUAAUGCUAUCACUGCUUAUAGCAUUAAUGCUGAUAAAGAGGGGACUGAGCUGAAACAUUUUCUUUUAACCUGUCCAUCAUUCAUUGGACAUGCAAAGAAGCUCUUCAAUCUUGAAGUGGAUUGUCCCAACACCCUACAAAAGGAUGAAACUAUUUACAACAUGGCAAAUCUCAGGCUUUAUUUGGAUUGCGCGUAUGAACUCACUGAGCGUAAAAGCCUUCAAGAGUCACAAGUAGUUCGUUCUUUCUUGCUUGCUUGUGGAGGGAGCUCAAGAUUACACAUCUCCGUAGGCAGGUUGGCUGAAGAAAUAUGUAAUGGCAUUGAGAAUCUGAAAUUUUACAAAGAACACUCCGGGGAGGAAGUUUUUGCAGGCAAUGAUGUCUUUGCAAUGAUGGAGAAAGACAUGAAGUGCAAUGGAGAGAUAAAUGGUAUGUGGGAGAAGGGUUGGAGGAGAGGAUUUUCUGCAGAUGAGGCUGAACUAGUUGUCAAUAAAAUAGAGAUCCUGCUUAUGAGUGGAUUAAUUGAGGAGAUUAUUAUAAAUUUAUGAUUACAUCGCAUUUCAGUAUCUUCACCGGUUCAACUUGUAGAUAAUAAGGACUGACUAUACAACAGUUGAAUGUUAAAACAGUUGGCAUAGUUGCAUAGUUUUGGAAUGAAAAGUUAGUAAUCUAUGAA